UCCGACGCAACAAGGGCGCGAUUCCAUCUAGAAAAGUGAUUUAUAGACACAGAGAAAGUAAAGUGAGCCUGGACAGAAACCUAACCGGACAAGAGAAAGGUUAAAAGUCCACUCUUUUUUUUAUUCCUUUAUUUGCAUCCUCAGCGCCCUUGUUUUAUUUGUCUCUACCUCUGGACACGGUGAUGCGCGCUGGCUGUGCUCUCUGGACUGUACCUGCGGUGAUGGGCCGGGCCGGGAGAUGAGCAGCGGGCGGACUGGGGGAGCCAGGGGCGCACGAGGAGGUCUGGACGCAUAGGCCACAGGGUGUGAUAGGUCCGAGACCACCUCAUGUGUCGGGCCUCCUCUGUGUUUUGGUCCCCACUGACCCCCAUCCUCCCAGCAUCAGUGGGAUGUCCCAGGUGUGUCUCCUCUUGGCCUUGCUUAUGCUCUUCAGCUGCACAAAGGUCUCCUCUACUAACUCCCUGGAGCUUGUGAAGGAGCAGUGGAACAGCUACAAAAACCAGUGCCUGGACUACCUCAACGCCACGCCCCCCGCCACAGGGCUGGUGUGUAACAGGACCUUUGACCAGUACGCCUGCUGGCCUGAUGGUCUCCCAGGAACCACUGUCAAUGUCUCCUGUCCAUGGUUCCUGCCAUGGCACCGAAAAGUUCAGCAGGGUUUGGUCUACAGAGUCUGCAAUGAAGAUGGUCAGUGGGCACAAAAGAAUACCAGCGAAUGUGAGAACGACCCUGGUGAGCAGCAGUACGGCCGCAUCCUCAAUCAGUUACGGAUCAUGUAUACAGUGGGCUACUCACUCUCCCUGGGAGCUCUGCUACUGGCCUUGGGAAUCCUCAUCACCUUCAGGAAGCUCCACUGUAUGAGGAACAACAUCCACAUGAACCUCUUUGCCUCCUUCAUCCUGAGAGCCGUGUCCAUCCUGGUCAAAGAUGCCCUACUGACCCUCACACUGAAUCCCAGGAGCAGCAGUGACACCCACACACAAGCCUGGAUCAACAUACCGGCUGUUACUUGGUGUCGUGGUGCCAUGGUGAUGAUGCAGUACAGCGUGAUGGCCAACAACUAUUGGCUGUUGGUGGAAGGCAUCUACCUGCACAGCCUGCUAGUCAUCACCGUGUUCAGCGAGAGGAAGUACUUCUACAUUUACCUGUCCAUUGGCUGGGGUGCACCGCUCAUAUUCGUGUUGCCAUGGAUCACAGUCAAAUAUCUGUAUGAGAACGAGGAGUGCUGGGAGAGGAACAUUAACAUGGGCUACUGGUGGAUCAUUCGUUCUCCUAUACUGUUUGCUUAUCUGAUUAACUUCUUCAUAUUCAUACGAAUUAUCAAAAUCCUGAUGUCUAAACUCAGAGCUCAUCAGAUGAGAUACACGGACUACAAGUUCAGAUUAGCAAAAUCCACUCUCACUCUCAUUCCUCUGCUUGGGAUUCACGCCAUCCUCUUCACCUUUGUCAUCGACGAGUACGUCCCUAAAGGCUCCAUGCUGCGCCUUAUUCGCCUCUUCUUUGACCUGCUGUUCAACUCUUUCCAGGGCUUGCUGGUUGCCAUCCUGUACUGCUUUGUCAACAAAGAGGUGCAGUCUGAGAUGCUGAAAAAGUGGAAGAGGUGGAAGCUGGGUAAGGACAUCGAUGAGGAGUACCGCCACACCCACAGCCACACGCCACACGUCAAGAGUGGCAGCAUCGCCACAGGCAAUCUGCCCUAUCUUCACGAUAACAAUGCUAGCGACCCCGGCGGUGACUCGCCCCGCCUCAACAAAGCCGACAGAGAACCCUCCUGCUCUGCCGCACCUGAGGAGAACCGCCGACUAGUUGUUUCCUACAGCAACGGGACGGGGAAAGGCGGGGCUGCCAAGAGCAGACACACCCUGCAGUUCUCUUUCCUGCCACACAGAGGCGCUGGGAUUCACGUGAGCACUACCACAGAGGACGUGUGUUUGGAGGAGAAGGGGCAGUGCCGCUCACACUCUCUGGAAGGAGAGGAGACUAAUGUCUGAGGACAACCUCCAGUUUUUGUCAUGAAACCCUCACUGACUGCGCUUAUCGUUGUUUCGGAUCAGUGUUUAUUAUGCGCAAACAAGACAGCCUGAGUGGGGAGGGAUCGAGGACAUAACCCACACAGAUCAGGAUGUUUUAACCUACACAGCUGCAAAUUAGUAUUUAUUGGUUUUGGGACCUUGAGCGAAAAAGCACUUAUUGACUUCAGACAUCAGAAAUGGUAAAAUAAAUUAAAGAGGAACUCUAGUGGUGUCCAGUGCCAUGUGAGUGUGUGUGUGUUUGUGUGAGUAUGUGUGUGUCCGUAUGGAGGACUGCCAUUUUGACACCGACCCUGCUCUCAUUUUUCCAUCUGUACCGCUGCUGUCGUUGUGAGUCAUGCUUCUGUGUCUGUUUGCAGCAAUGGGUGGUCAUUUUUUUGUGGUACUCUCCGACAGAAACCUCUCGAAAGUGUCAAUUUUUUUUUCCUUUUUGGUUUCAUGAAACUGAAUGUGGACUUCAGCAUGGCUGAUUCGUGACGUCUGGAUCAUUUAAGGAUGAAGGGAGAGAUUCACUGGAGAGCGCAGACUCUUAUCACGCACGCUGAGGCAGAGGAUGGAAGCUUUGAUCUUCAGACAGACUAUAAUAUUUAACUUAUUCUGGAUUUAAAUGACCAAAGCCAAACAAGAAAAUAAGAGCUUGCAAUGAUAGGAUUUACUUCAAGUGGGUAAACCAGCCAUCAAACCCACUCAUGCACAUUCCUUUCCUCCUUUUUGUCUAUAAUAACCCGUCCAUUGCCUUUUUGAACAGAUUUUCCUGAAUGUAUCAACUUUUGAGAAAUAUGGGUGAAACAAUAUUUAAGUGUAUAUAUGUAAUUAGAAAUAUGCCCACAGCACCUGCAGUCAUCCAGUGAGAAGACUCUAUUUGAAUUCUUGCUUUGUUCUCAUGCACCCUCAGAGUAAACAUCAAUACCUGGCACACUUUAAGGUAAUUGAAUGAAAAGCAAUUUGUCAGUCUGCUCCAAUCAUCGUCCACACAGCCUCACAUUAUCAGUUAUACAGUAUUCCGUAGAGUGGAGGCAAAGGCAGAACAUGAAGUUGUUUUAUGCACAAAAGUCCUUUUUUGUGCUGGAAAUGUUUUUCAUUUCAUAACACAACGAGUCAUUGUGCUUUGUUGAAAAAAACACCACAUUAUACAUUUAUUAUACAUUUGUUUUGAUCUGUCUUUUCUUCUGCAGAUCAAGGAUCAAGGCUCAUACUUCAUGACGCCGAAAGCAAAAUGUGCCACACAGAACCACUUUUAUAAUUCUGGAUUAAGAAAGUCCAGUUCAGAAAUGAACUGGAUUUAAAGGUCCAGUGUGUAGGAUUUAAGGGGAUAUAUUUGCAGGAAUGGAAUAUAAUUUAAUAAGUGUGUUUUCUUGUGUAUAAUAUAAUCAGCUGAAAAUAAAAAUCACAGUGUUUUUGUUACCUCAGAAUGAGCUGUUUAUUUAGUGAAUGGAUCUUCGUCUAUGGGGUCCGCCAUGUUGCUCCAAUGGGUUUCUACAGUAGCCCUGAAUGAACAAACCAAACGCUGGCUCUAGACAGUCCUAUUCGUAUUUUUGCGCUGGCCACUGUAGUUAGCAGUUUAACCUCAGUGAAAGUGUCAGUAGAACACUGGGGAUUUUUAUGUGAAACUGCUUUAUUCAUUGUUUUUACAGCAUCAAAGAAACACUGAUUUGUAACAUGAAACUGCUUUAAUCAGUGUCUUCAUCGGUGUAAAUCACCAGGGGCCAUAUUCACAAACAUUCUGAGAAUACUCUCAGAGAGCUCCUAACUCGGCCUAAAAUUUUUAAAUAAGGAGUCCUAGCUUAGGAGUGAUUUAGGAAAGUUCUCAGAGCAACUCUGACCAAGGAAGAGACAGAAACUUUUACC